AUGAAUCGUAUUCAAUUUUGUUUUUGACAAUAAGAAAUUUUUAUUGAAGCUAAAGUGAAGAAAAAAUUUGCACUAUUUUUUGUCAAUUAUAGAAAAUAAUUUUUAAAAUCAUAAAAAAAGACAAGUUUGCGAUUAAAAUAUUUUUAAAGGAAUGGCAGCAUCCAAAAAAAUCGAAGAAGGCCAGGAGUUGAUGAGGCAAGCUGAAAAAAGUUUAAAAACAUCUAUACUUAAAUGGAGACCUGAUUAUGAAAUAGCAAGUGAUGAAUAUCAAAAAGCUGCUACAUGUUUUCGGAUUGCAAAAUCGUAUGAUCAAAGUAAAGAUUGUUUUUUGAAAGCAAUUGAAUGUCAUAAACAAUCGAAGUCAUGGUUCCACGCAGCGAAAUGCUACGAACAAAUAAUUCUCAUUUUAAAAGAAACAAAUAACCUUUUAGAAGUCGAGCCAACUGCAAAUAAGGCAUGUAGUUUGUACCAGCAGCAUGGAUCUCCUGAGUCGGGGGCCUCGGCAUUAGAUAAAGCAGCUAAAGUAGUUGAACACGCCCAUCCGGAUGUAGCUCUACGUUUAUAUCAACAUGCACUUGAAGUAGUUAUGAUUGAAGAAUCAACUAGGCAAGCUGCUGAAUUUGCGUCGAAAAUCUCUAGAAUAUUAGUAAAACUGGGAUUGUUUGAUCAGGCUACGGAUGCUUUACGUCGUGAAAUUGGACUAAAUCAACAAACUGAUUCGUAUCAAGCUAUUGGAAGAUUGGCCGUUGUCUUAGUUUUAGUGCAACUAGCGCGUGGAGAUUAUGUAGCAGCUGAGAAAGCCUUUAAAGAAUGGGGGAAUUGUUGUGAUCCCCAAGAAGUCCAGACUCUAGAAAUGCUUUUACAGGCCUAUGAUGAUGAAGAUCCCGAUCAAGCCAGACAAGCUCUUUCGUCACCAUUUAUCAGACAUAUGGAUGUUGAAUAUGCAAAAUUAGCUCGUGAUUUACCUUUACCCAAAGGAAUUGCAACUGCACCGAAAGCUAAUGUUAUAGAAAAUGCUACAGCAUCGUAUAAAUCUCCAAACGCUGGCAGUGUGUCUCCAGGGGAUGCUCCAUCUUCUGGCGGAGUUGAGGAAGACGAGGAAGAAGAAGGUGCAUUAUGUUAGUUUUCUUAUUAAUAUUCAACCCCUGUUUAUAAAAGAGUGAAAGUGAGUUAAUUUAAAAAAAAAAAUACUUUUUAAAAGGAGUAAGUUCGCUGUGUACAAGGUAUUCCGUUGAAAAGAAAAUUAAAAACAAGAAAUAUAUUAUGAAAGAAUUCAGGCCAUUUUCAAAACAUAUAAUAAUGUAAGAAAAAUUCAACGAUUUUACGGUCUCAUAUUGAAAUUAAGCUUCUUAAUGCAUAAUUUAAAGAAUAGAAAAAAGAAAAGACUGAUUAAUGGUAAUGUUCUGACUAUUGCUUGAAUUAAAAUUAAUAAUUAUUAAUAUUGAAAAAUUCCAGUAGAUCAAUAUAUCAAAAUGAAAAUUAAGAUAACAGAAAUCAAUAUUUUACUAAAAACAAAAAAUUUUUAACAAAAGGAAUAUCUAAAUAUAAAACUAGUUUUCAAAUUUCUUUUUUUUAUUCUCAUUACGCAUUUAUUGAAUAAUGUUUUUUGAUUUUUUAAAGUCACCAGAUUUGAAUAAAAAAAUUAAAACUCAAGUAAAUUGCAAUUAAAAAAUUGAAUUGUACUUGAACAUAUAUAUUUUAAUUUAAACAAAUUGAAAAUUUUUUUCUAAAUUACUAUAUUCGAAUUACCUUACGUAAUUCAAAAUAUCACAUUAUUAAAAUAAAUUCAAAACAAAAUUUAUGUAUUUUUUAUACCAUAAAAUAUAAAAAAUGGAUAAGUAGUAUUAGAAAAAAAAAAUUAAUAUAUUUAAAUAUUUCAUUCAAUUUAUUUACGAUUAACGGUAUGCCUUGUAUAUUUAAAAAAACAUGUUUAGAAUAGAAAUCGUAUAUGUAUGGUUAUAAAAAAGAAAGCAAAAAAUUCCAUUGAAAUAAAAACAAAAUAAAGUUUAGAAACAAAAAUUCAUUUUAAAAAUAUGCUACUUCAAAAAAUAAUUAACAAAUUUAAGUAAAAAUCUAAAAGCAGUAAAAAAAAAUCCAUAUUGAAAUAACAAUUCCAUUAUAUUUUACUUAAACAUUUGCAAUAAAAUUCCUAAUUAAUAUUAUUUUAUUUUCCAAACAAAAAUAUCUUUGGAAAGAAAAUCAUCUGAUGUUCGUCUAAUAAACACUUUAAAAA